GGGAGCAGAGCAAGACGAGGAAGAGGAAAGGCAACGUGAGCCCAGCUUACAGCCAGGCGGACAGUGAAGCACAGCAGCAAAAAUAAAAAAGGACACCAGCUCCUGGGUUUGGCUUCUGUCAGAGAGAAAGAGAGGAACAGAGGGGAUUACACGCCGCCUGUUGACGAGGAGUGACAGAGGGUCAGAAGAAGGGAAUGCUCGAGUGAUUCAGAGGACGGUAUUAUCCAGAGCAGGAGGAGGAGGUGUUGUCUGUGAGCCUACACAGCACCGAGGUACAAUAUUAAAGAGUGGGGGAAGCGUCACCCCCCACACCACCACCUUAUCACACCAAAACCUCAAAGCAGCCACCAGGAACCAGACAGCGUGCUGGGAAACCAUGCUAUGGAUCAGGACCCCACCGGCGGUCCGCUGAACACCAUGGCCCAGGCAAAAGGGCGGAGAGAUGGCAUGGUGGCAACCAAUGAGAAUAGGCGCCGGCCACUGUCCUCGGGUGAGGUGGAGGGUCUAUCGUGGCAGGGGCCCCGGACCAUUUUCCUACAGAAAAACUCACAGGGAUUCGGGUUCACUCUGCGCCACUUCAUUGUCUACCCACCGGACUCAUCUCUCCUCAGCAUCAAGGAUGAAGAGAACGCAAACACAAGUGGAAAAUUUUGUCAGCGGGAUCGUUUGGAGCCGAUGGACACCAUCUUUGUGAAGAGUGUCAAAGAGCACGGCCCCGCCCAGAAGGCGGGGCUUUGCACAGGUGACAGGCUGGUGAAGGUGAACGGGGAGAGCAUUCUGGGUAAAACAUACUCUCAGGUGAUCACUCUGAUCCAAAACAGUGAAAACAUUCUGGAACUCUCCAUUAUGCCAAAGGAUGACGAUGUGUUGCAGUUGGUAAGUGCAUACUCACAGGAUGCCUACCAUAAAGAUAAUGAGCCAUAUACAGGAGAGGCCCAACAUCUUCCAAACCCCCCUCCUUUUGGGUACCCUACAACCAAGACCAGCCCCACUGCCCCAAAGCCCAGCAACAGCUGCCUCAGCCCCCUGGACAACUGGCAGUGCCAAACAAGCCUCAGCACCUCAAUACUAGACAACUGCCCCCCUACUGCUUCUACUUCCAUCUCUGGCUGGUCUGGAGAUCCCAAAGACUCCAGUCAUUAUUGUGCUUUAUCAGGGCGUUACCGUGGCCGCUCUUCUUCAGCCAUCAAUGCACUGGACUUCCAUUUUGCCAACCAUAAUGCUGCCAUUGCCUCUGCAACUUUGCCACCUCAAAGAAAGACAAGUCUGCCAGCCUCCAGGCGUGCCCACACGGAUGCCCUCUGCCAGCAGGCUUUGUCAGAUUGGUUUUACAGCCAGGCAGAAGCUGUAGAGCGUCUGUCUUCCCACAACCGGAGUAUCUCUCAGGAUCAUUUAGCAGAGCUUGGACUAGGGUUGGAACCCAGUCCUGCAUCGGUAUCUGUCUCAAAAACCUCAUCAGAGCAAUGCAAGAUAGAAACUAUCCUGCGCCACCAACGGGCUGCCACAGAUUCACUUGAAUCUCAUUGGCUAGGAGACUCAGGUGAUGUAUUAAGACCAGGAAGUAGACUAUGCUCAGAGAGCUUGCUGGCAGCCUAUGCAGAGUACGAGCACAACUAUGGGCGAUCUGUAGCAACACUCGCACAAGCUUCUGCAUUGGUUUCAACUCACCAUGACCACAUUCGGUCUUCACAAGGACCCCAAACAGCAAAGGCUAAUGAACAAAAAGACCACCAAGCUUCAGGAAGGGCACAACACCAAAUUACAGAGAUGCCUGCCAUGAUGUCCUCUUCCAUAGUGUCUCCUGGUAGCAGGCAGUCAGGACAUCAGGUAGCUGAACCCCAAACAAGACGAGCAAAAGAGGAAGAGCUCGUGGGCUAUAAAAGCUACAGCCCUUCUUUCUCUCGUAAAGUUGGCCAUUUCCUGCAGCAGACCCAGUCCUUCAGGGAGCCCAGCCUCAACUGGAGCCCGAAUACCAGGAGCAGCCCGGCUGAUGGAGAGGGGGAGAUGGUUACACAACCACAGCCCAGUGCUGCCAUUCCUACUUCAAAAGAGGAGAGAGUCAAGCAAGAGAAGGAAAAGGAGAUUACGACCCCCGUCAUCUUGCAUCAAGAAAUCGUUAUGCGGAGGAAGCCACACUCUGGGCACCAACCCGCUGUUCAGGUUCCACGACAACCCCACUGUGCCAAAAGUGUGGAGUCACCUGGACAUCCUGAUUGGGCACCUUCUCCUGUGAUGCCUCCCUCUGUCUCUGAAGUCACCAGCAGGACCAAUGGCAGCUUUGCACAGCAUGCAUUUGACUCACUCUCAUCUAUUCCCUUCAUAGAUGACCCCACCAGUCCUGGCACUGACCUGCAGGCUGCCUAUAUAACAGCCUGCUCGGUGGUGUCCGCCUGCUGUUCCCAGGCAUCCACUAUGGCCACCUUCACUUCCACUUCUUUCACCCCCACCCUCUCGUCAGUGUCCCCCCUUGUCCAACUCCGUUCUCAGGAUUGCAGCAGCAUCAAAGGCCGCCGGACAUCUUACCUGCUGGCCAUUACCACCGAAAGAUCCAAGUCAAUUGACGAGGGUCUCAACACCUUCAGGGAAGACGGGCGUGUCUUCUCCAGAUUGCCAAAAAGGGUCAAGAGCUUUUUCACAGAUGGGUCUCUGGAGAGCCUGCGGGCCCAGGAAGAGACUCGGUCCAAACGUCACUCCACCUCUGAACUGGGGAACCUGACCUUCAGUGAUGUUCGUAAGGAGGGUUGGCUGCACUACAAACAGAUCCUCACACAGAAGGGAAAGAAAGUCGGUGGUGGUAUGCGCUUGUGGAAACGAGUCUUCUGCGUGCUUCGUUCCCAUUCGCUCUUCCUUUACAAGGAUAAGCGAGAAGCUGUCCUUCAUGGUGCAGGGGCAGGGCCCGGUCAGGAUGAGCACCCUCCAAUCAGCAUUUGUGGCUGCCUGAUUGACAUUGCCUACAGUGAAACCAAACGUAAGCACACGCUGAGGCUGACCACUCAGAACUUCUGUGAGUACCUGCUGCAGGCCGAGGACAGAGAUGACAUGCUGGCCUGGAUCAGAGUCAUCAGGGAGAACAGCAAGACCAACAACGAGGAGAUCGGCUUCUCGAAGCAAGCGCUAAUCAACAAAAAGCUGAAUGACUACAAAAAACAAAGUCUGACGGGCAGUAAACCAGAUUCCUCUCCCAGAGCUCUCCGUAUGAUGCCUCCCUUCCUCCUGGCAAAAACUGACAACACCUCAAUGAACCGAGGCUCCAGAACUGAUGACAACAAAGCACUGUGGGGAAUCAACAUCAUGAAGAAAACCAAGAAGACGGGCAGCCCGAAAGCUUUUGGUGUGCGACUGGAGGACUGUCAGCCCGCAGUCAACCAUAAAUUUGUCCCUCUGAUUGUGGAAAUGUGCUGUGGAGUCGUGGAGGCAUCAGGUCUGGAAUACACCGGCAUCUACCGGGUUCCAGGGAACAACGCCAUGGUGUCCAACCUGCAGGAGCAUCUCAACAAGGGCAUGGACAUCAACACUGCUGAGGAGAGAUGGCAGGACCUGAACGUAAUAAGUAGUCUCCUCAAGUCCUUUUUCCGAAAACUGCCUGAGCCACUGUUUACUGACGACAAAUACAAUGAUUUCAUCGAAGCCAACCGCAUUGAAAAUGCUGAGGACCGACUGAAGACCAUGAAGAAACUGAUCCAUGACCUUCCAGAUCAUUACUUCCACACUCUUAAAUUCAUGGCCAGACACCUGAGAAAGGUGGCAGAUCACUCUGAGAAAAAUAAGAUGGAGCCCCGGAACCUGGCGCUGGUCUUCGGCCCCACUCUGGUCAGGAUGUCGGAGGACAACAUGACUGACAUGGUCACCCACAUGCCUGAUCGCUACAAAAUCGUAGAAACACUUAUCCUGCAUUGUGACUGGUUCUUCUGCAGCAGCGAGUUUGACAAAGAAGAGAAGACCCCAGAGGAUAAGCGAGACAUGCAGCCAGUGCCCAACAUCGACCACCUGUUGUCAAACAUCGGCAGACCGGGCAUGCCAGGAGAGGCCUCAGAUUCUACCACCAGCGAUUCUCUUAAGUCAAAGAUAGCUUCAGGUCUGAACCCCAGAGACUUCCUACCCAAGUCCAUAAUUUCCGCUGUUACCCGAAAACGUAAGAAGUGUCCCAGUAGGAACCCAUCGGAUAGUAGCACUGACGAGGACUCCGAACACGAACCAGUCAAAGCCAGCAAUUACGGGAUAGGAGGAGGAGGAGAGGGGGAGCCGCACAAGAGAGAAGAUCUGGAUCUGGGCGAAAAGGAACAGAAAGGUAACGAUGGAAAAGAUUCAUCUGCUGUACCAGAGGCAGGAAAGAAAAUAAGGAAUGGAAGAAUGAGUGAAGUACAGAACUCCAGGAGGAAGAGCGGGAAGGCUGGGGUGCAGCCUCCAGCAGAAUAUCAAGUGUAUCCAAACAGUUUCCACCAUCAGAUACAAGCCACGCCCCCAUGUCUGAUCAGUCCUCCUCCACAGUUAAAGCCACACAAUCUAUCGCAACGAAGGCCCACAAUCCCCUUUUGGAUUCGUCCUACCAGGCCCCUCAAUAACUCCCAGGCUUCCAGCUUACAAGGGAUCCAGUACCAUGACUGGAACCAACCUGAAUCUGUCCACUACAGGAAGAACAGAGGUGGGAGGACGAGAGCUGUGUCUGUGAAUCUGGACCUUGUGCUGGACAGGAGUGAGGAUCGAAUCAAAAGUUGGAGGGGAGAUAGUGUGGAGGAGGUCAGAGUGAUCGAACGAGGGCCAAGUCAGCUGGGAUAUGUUGGAGUUCCACAGGGGCCAGUUAUGGAUCCUGUAUCACUUCAGCAGAGGGAUCCACUUCCUCACUUUUCUAGGGAUGAUCCCUCACUCUCCUCUUCCUCAGGAUGGACAGACCAGUGUUCCCUGACACCUUCCACUGUUAUCCUGAGAAGAUCGGCUCUGGGCCCAAGGGACAAGACCAGAGUCUUGCGUCGUCACACAAUAGUGGUUUAAGAUGAUUUUAUUUUAUUUUUUGGACUAAUGCAGUACAAACCACUUGCCCUUUACUCCAGCACUUGAUCGCCUGCUUUAAAAGCCAAAUGUGUUUUAUCGUGUAACUUGUGACUCUUAUUCCAGCCUCAGAUUAUUCAAAGAGUUCAUGUUUUAAAAUGACGGUUUUAAAUCCUUGCUGUGACUUGAACUGGUCAAAGUGUUGAUUCGAGACCCAUAUUAGCUUGAGUGCUUCAAAAACCGGCAUGUUGUGUAACCAAGGUUGGACAAUAUGGCUAAUAAUGUGGCUAAUGUUAGCCUACAUUAAGCACAUGGAGGAGAAUCACAUCCUAAUUCAGAUGUUUUGUGGUCUAUCGUUACCUCACAGGCAGCGAUGGCCAAACAAGACCUCAUCAAGCAUUUGGUGUUUUUUAUAAGCUCACUAGAUGGCAGUGUCUAUUCAAAUAAGGCAUUGUUACUCCCUCCCGGUUCUUACUGUAAUGCUCUCCCUCACAAAGUACAAACUCAAACAAUUCCAUACUUUCAAAUUUAUUCAAAGUCACAGUGGAAAUCAGGCCUGGAUUCUGAAGAGCUUCUCUUGCACCGCCCAUUCAGAACCCCGAAUAAUGACCACAAACAGUUUAAUAAACCACAACAUGGGCGUAACAAAGGUGGACCUUAUUUCGCAAAAUCUUUCCCUCAUUGGUCCCCAUGGGCAUUCGAGGGAGGUCCCACCCCCUGCCACUGACCCGCUGGGACACUGGGACAUUUAUGAUUUAUAAUGUAACCUGAAUCUAUUUGUUCUGAGUGGUAAAAGCAAUUAAAUCCAGUUUGACAUGCACAUUCCAACAAGUAACAGACUAAAAGUAUGUGAAACUAAGAAUACAGUCCUGAAGUAAAAUAACUACUUAAUACCAAAAGAAAUACAGAAAACAAGUAACUAAACAACAGAUAAACACACAAAUAUAUCUAACAGUUUUAAAGGAAACUAAAGUGCAUUGUGCUUUGAACUGAUAUAUUUAUUUAUUUUAUUUGUUUGCUUUUGUUGAAUAGGCACUGCCAUCUAGUGGGCUCAGAAAUAUCACCACAUGCUUCUGGAGGCCUCACAUGGCCGUCAGUCCUUAAGGCCGCUGUCAGGGUGAACAUCCUGGAUUUGGGCAAACACCUGUCAGACUUUUUGUUGCCGUGGCUGGUUAUGCAGGAGUUUGG